GCCAAAGUCGGGACGAGUAAUCUUGAAAAAGUCAGGUGGGUACAGGUGGGCCCAUUCCAACCCUACGUGGACUUGGAGUCGAUGGUUUGGGAAGACUGUGAAUACUUUGGCCUCAGUCGUCAGGCACCAGAAACUCAGCUGGUCUGUGCUCAAUUUGGGCCUCACUCGCUCUCUUCUCGAGUUGAAAGUUGAACGACGCGUCCAAACUCCAGAAAUCGCAUUCGACGACCAAUCCACGCUUUUACCGCCUCUUUUCGAGAUUGAAAAUCCAUUACCAACGCGACCCACGGAUUUUCUGCGACCGUCAAGGGUCCUCUCUGAAUCGCGUAAGGCGCAUCAACCUUCUGCCCCGUCAGGGUUGGAGUAUCGCGAGAUGGCACCACGCUCUUCCCGCGCAAGCGGUGCGAAUACCGAUACCGACACAUCGAUGGUAGAUACUUCAGAAAUCAGACAACUUCCUGUGGACCCAAUGGUAAGUCUCUCUUCUUUUGACUCAUCCUCUGAAAGUUUUCGAAGCCUUUGCGCCUAUCACCAACUCGUUUUAAACUAACACUUAAUCAUAGGAGGUUGACGAGACUCCCGAUUAUACCGAAGACUCCGACACAAACCCCAAUACAACCGCUAGUAGCGUCGUUGGUGAUGCCCAAACCGCCGACGGCAGAAAGCGAAGAUCAGAGGCUACUUUGCUUCGUAGAAGUGUCUUUGGCAAGAAGCACGAUGUUCUUGGAGAAUCAAAGGUACGUCUUGACUCAGAACCCAUACAGUAGAUAAAGGGCACAGGGGCUCAUUCGUUGCAUUAAUAGGAGGAUGAUUCCAUCAGACGAUUUCGUUAUCUCCUUGGCUUGACAGACCUCUUCCGACAUUUCAUCAAGACGAACCCAAACCCACGCAUCAAGGAAAUUAUGAAUGAAAUUGAUCGCCAGAAUGCAGAGGCCGACAAAAUUAAGAAAUGUCGUGAUAGACAGGGCGGUGCUGCCAACGAUAGACGCCGACGAACAGAGGCGGAAGAGGACGCUGAGCUUUUGAAGGACGAAAAGGUUGGCGGAUCUGCGGAGACGGUUUUCCGAGAAUCCCCAGGCUUCAUUCAGGGUGGCCAAAUGCGUGACUACCAAGUUGCGGGUCUCAAUUGGCUCAUUUCUCUUCACGAAAACGGUAUCUCGGGAAUACUGGCAGACGAAAUGGGUUUGGGCAAAACUCUCCAAACAAUUUCAUUUUUGGGAUACUUGAGGCAUAUUAUGGGCAUCACAGGUCCUCAUCUGGUGGUGGUACCAAAAUCUACGCUGGACAACUGGAAGCGAGAAUUUGAGAAGUGGACUCCGGAGGUCAAUGUCUUGGUCCUCCAAGGUGCUAAGGAAGAGCGGCACAAUCUGAUCAACGAGCGCCUGAUUGAUGAGAAAUUUGACGUUUGCAUUACGAGUUAUGAAAUGAUUUUACGAGAAAAAUCACAUUUGAAGAAGUUUGCCUGGGAAUACAUCAUUAUCGAUGAGGUGAGUUUUCAAGGAUACUGCAAAGAGCCACACUAACAAAAGUAGGCGCAUCGCAUCAAAAACGAGGAAUCUUCACUUGCACAGGUUAUCCGGCUGUUCAAUUCUCGAAACCGCCUCUUGAUCACUGGAACACCUCUGCAAAAUAAUCUCCACGAACUCUGGGCUUUACUAAACUUUCUUCUUCCCGAUGUUUUCGGGGAUGCCGAGGCAUUUGACCAGUGGUUCUCUGGCCAAGGUGAAGACCAGGACACUGUUGUACAACAACUCCAUCGAGUUCUGAGACCCUUUUUGCUCCGACGUGUUAAGGCCGACGUGGAGAAGAGCCUUUUGCCCAAAAAGGAAAUUAACUUGUACAUUGGCAUGUCUGAUAUGCAGGUCAAAUGGUACAAAAAGAUCUUGGAGAAGGACAUCGAUGCGGUCAAUGGCGCCGGAGGCAAGCGAGAGUCCAAAACUCGAUUGUUGAACAUUGUCAUGCAGCUACGAAAGUGUUGUAACCACCCUUACCUUUUCGAGGGAGCUGAACCUGGACCACCUUAUACCACUGAUGAGCAUUUGAUUUUUAAUGCAGGCAAAAUGGUCAUGCUUGACAAACUCCUUGUGCGCAUGAAAAAGGCAGGCAGCCGUGUUCUGAUUUUCUCGCAAAUGAGUAGAUUGUUGGACAUUCUUGAAGAUUACUGCGUCUUCAGAGACUUCAAAUACUGCAGAAUCGAUGGUGGUACCGCCCAUGAGGAUCGAAUUUCAGCCAUUGAUGAUUACAACAAACCCGACUCCGAAAAAUUCGUCUUCCUCUUGACUACCCGUGCAGGAGGUCUUGGUAUUAACUUGACUAGUGCAGAUAUCGUCGUCUUGUAUGAUAGCGAUUGGAAUCCUCAAGCAGAUCUCCAGGCUAUGGACCGAGCCCAUCGAAUUGGACAGACCAAGCAGGUAGUCGUGUAUAGAUUUGUGACGGAAAACGCGAUUGAGGAGAAAGUUCUUGAGCGUGCCGCUCAGAAGCUUCGACUUGAUCAGCUGGUUAUCCAGCAAGGCCGUGCACAAGCUGCUGCAAAGGCCGCUGCCAAUAAGGAUGAAUUGCUUAGCAUGAUCCAGCAUGGGGCUGAGAUGGUCUUCCAAAGCAAUGGUGGUCUAGGUGCCCUGACUGAGAAGGGACAGGAAUUAAACGACGAUGACAUUGAUGAGAUUCUCAAACACGGCGAAAAGCGAACUGCGGAACUCAAUGCACGAUAUGAAAAACUUGGAAUUGACGAUCUGCAAAAGUUCACCUCCGAGUCUGCAUACGAGUGGAACGGCCAGGAUUUCACCAACAAGAAAAAAGAAAUCGGGUUGAGCUGGAUCAAUCCUGCCAAGCGUGAGCGAAAGGAACAAUCAUAUUCGAUGGACAAGUACUAUAAACAAGCUCUUUCUACAGGUGGACGUGUUGCAGAUACUAAACCAAAAGCCCCUCGUGCACCAAAACAGGUCACUGUCCACGACUAUCAGUUCUUCCCUCCCUUGCUUACAGAUCUCCAAGACCGUGAAACUGCUUUUCAUAGAAAGGAGAUUGGAUACAAAGUUCCUCUCGCUGAUGGAACGCCUGAAGAUCUUGCUGAACGAGAGGCCAACCGUAAUCUUGAUCAGGAAGAGAUCGAUGAUGCAGUGCCCCUCACAGAAGAAGAACAAGAACUAAAGCAACAGCUUUCGCAGCAAGGAUUUGGAGAGUGGAAUCGCCGUGAUUUCCAACAAUUCGUCAACGGAUCUGGCAAGUUUGGCCGUAAGAACUUCCAUGCAAUUGCAGACGUUGUUGAUGGCAAGACCGAAGACGAGAUUAAAAAAUAUGCAAAGGUUUUCUGGCAACGCUUCGCCGAAAUUGCUGAUUACUCCAAGUACAUAACAAUCAUUGAGGAGGGAGAGGAGAAGACUCGAAAGAUGGAGCACCAACGCGCGAUGCUGCGCAAAAAGAUGUCACAGUAUCGUGUGCCAUUACAGCAGCUCAAGAUCAAUUACUCGGUCUCUACAACAAACAAGAAGGUCUAUACUGAAGAGGAAGACCGCUUCUUGCUUGUGCUUCUCGACAAAUAUGGCCUUGAUGGUGAGAACCUUCAUGAGCGUAUUCGUGACGAUAUUCGGGAGAGUCCUCUGUUCAGAUUUGAUUGGUUCUUCCUGAGCCGAACACCAAUCGAAAUCAGCAGAAGAUGCACAACAUUACUCACGACUGUUGCGAGAGAGUUUGAAGAUGGUUCGGCUCCUACCAAGAAUGGCACAACCGGAAAGGGAAAGCGAGAGCCUGAUGAUGAUGCCAAUGAUGAAGACAGCAUUUUGGGCAUGGCACCAGCGAAGAAGAAAGCUAAGAAUGGCCUAAAGGUAUGAUAUAUCCAUUUUGCCGCGUUGAUAAUUUUGCUAAAUUUCUCUCAGAACAAAGCUCUUGACAACGUCAAAUCAGCAGCAGCAAGCAAGGCUGGCUCCGCUGCCCCUUCUUCUCGUGCUUCCAGUGUUAUAUCAACAACUUCAAGUCCUGUGGCUACCACACCCAAAGGUGCCAAGGGCAAGAAGGGUGGCAAAAAGAAGUGAAUAGGCAAUGUGUAACUAUUAUGAAUGACUUUUUCAGGCCCUAUGUGCGUGGGUCAAAAUCGGGGGGUUGGGCGUCAAGAGGAUUUGAUUUGGUGGCAUAAUUGUUUGGCGUAAAAGAGGAUUGCGAGAUGGAACGAUGGUUGUCGUAAUCCAAGUAUGCAAAUUGAGGUCUUCAUGUACUCUUAUUGAGAAAAUUUACCCCACGGCCGCCAGCACCAUUUGGGAAGCUCCUGGCGUCGUUUGGUAGUUGCACUUUGCAUGCAAUGUAGAGCUAAUGAAAAGUGGAA